AUGGCCGACUCGCUCCCACCGACUGUACCGCCUGGUAAUGGGGGCUCUGUUUUGGGCAACGGGUACGCCCCGCGGGCGUCGUCGUCGUCCCCGUCGUCGUCUGAGGCGCAGCUCGAGUCGCCCGAGUCCGACGACGAGGCUACCGCUACCCUGCCCAUGGACAUCGGCGACGGAGUGCCGACCUCGGCCACAGCCUCUCCCACACGCUCGCGCUCGGCCUCGCCGUCGGUCCAUCUCGACUCGCGCCGCAAGCGGAAGCGAGACGACGACUCUACACAGCCGCACCCAGCCUCGGCCUCGCUCUCGGGCCCAGCACCGGUUGUCGGCCCGCCCGCUCCUGGAGCGGCUCCGGCCCGCUUCCCGGUGGCGGCCAAGCGCCCGCGCUACGCCGCCGCGCAGCCUCCGCCCGAUGCCAGUAUUCGUCCCGGCACUCCGGCACUGGCGUCGUCUGUCGGCAAGCCGGUCUUUGCAGAGGUGCCCAUCAAGCCCUCGCCCGCCCCGGCGCAACCGCAGCGCGCCGCCGGCCAGCCAGCGCCGGUUUCCUCGUACUCGGGUGGCGCCGGUGGAUCGUACGGUGGCUACGGUGGCUUGCCUGCUGGCGCAAAGGCGCCUGCCGGUCAGCGGUUCGCCAUGGCUCCGGCCGCCGCUCCUUCCCCGCCGACAUCAACCACCAUUCCGGCCACCUGUGUCCGCUUCGGCUGUGAGUGCGCUGGCCUGGUCAAGCUCACCUCGUUUGGCCUCGCCACAAACGUGUUGUGCCACCAGUGCGGCCAUCACGAGGCGCUGCAUGUUACACCCGACGUGCUUUCCCCAGCAGAGUGCGCCGAGCUGGUCGCCAGCGCCGCCAACGAGCGCUACCCGGAGCCGUGCCGGGUCUACGGCUGCUCGUGCAGUGUGUAUGCUUCGGGUGGCUCGAGCAACAACGAUGCGGCCUGCGCUGGAUGUAGCCAUCCCAAGGCGCUUCACCGCGUUGAGCUUCCGUGCGAUGCCGCUGUGACCGCGACUGCCCAGGCUGCCGAGGGCAACCGCUGUUCGUACCUCUUCUGCAACUGCACCGCCGGCGUACUUCUCCCUCCGACACGCGUCGUCUCGCCAUCGUCCUACCUCGCCUUGGCACCCAUCUGCUCGCGCGACAACUGCCGGCACCCGCUUGAAGCCCAUCUGCCGUAUGAUCCUACUCAUGAGGAAGCCCGCGCCCUGAUGGCCAAGGCCACUCACGCCCGGUGCGUGCACGUCGAGAAAGACAUCGCUGCCGCUGCUGCUGCCGCCGAGCCUACAGACUUUAUGUCACAGAUGAUUGCCCAACAACGCGAGGCCGAAGCCCCGCCCAAGAUCGAGGUCGAGUCAUCGGACGACGAGGACGACGACGCGCUCCAGGCCAUUGCUCGCGCAGACCUCGACGGCCAGCUCUCCGAGCACGCCCGACGAAAGCAAAUGGUCGCCGUCCUUGCCACCUCUCGAAAGCCGCACACUGCCGAGUACUGCCUCUGUGGUCGAUUCGAUCCACCCCACCGAUGGGACGUCCGGCUCGGUGAGUACGCCAGCAUCCCGACACUUGUCGAGAGCAGCGCAGGCGGGAACCCGAUUGGGCUCGGGAUCUUGGGGAACCUGUUGUGUGCCACCUGCCACCACUCGUACUCCUCACACACCAAGCCAUCGUUCGAGGUCGAGCUCGACAUGUUGCGCCGCCAGUCGCGGCACAUGACUGUUCUCCCGCCGUCGAUGGUCCAGGUUACGGGUCCGGCCGAGCUCCCGCCGCCACUGGUCACCAUUGUGGCCCGCUCCGAGUGGUUUGACGCUCUCUGUGCUGCCGACGACGAAAUGCCCAUCUCUGUCGUUGGUGUUCAGUUUGGCGACUGCUUCCAUCUGUGGCGCGCCCGCGGCGCCGCUCUUCUCCCGCGCCCGACCCAGGUUCUAGGCCUCGACCCGCUCGACGAGACCAUGUCGAUGAUGAUGGCGCUCGGUGACUUUGCCAACCCCAAGAUGCUUACCUCGAAGUGGGUCCUCUCACUCCGCAAAAUCGCCAAGCAGGCAUCGGCCCAGGGCCUUGUCCUCCUCGGCACCAACAACGGCGAGCUCUCGCUACUUACCUCGGGCUGGGACCUGCUCUACGACCGCCUUCUUCUCAACAAAGACGGUGAGGUCGAGAACUCGGCAGUCACUGCGCUUGCCGUCUCGGACGACGGCUCGCUCGGCUUUUCCGGCCACGCCUCGGGCGCCGUCCUUGUUUGGUCGCUCACCCUCCUCGACGCCGCCGCCCACGCCGCCAUGGCUGGUUCACUCCAGGGCGAUUGGGUCUCCACCUCUUCGCAAAUCGAGAUCACGCCGACUGUCAGCGAGUUCCGCUGGUACCGCCGCGAUCCGAUCGCCCGGCUGACCGGCCCGUCGACCUCGGCCCAGGCCGUGCUCGGCGCUGCCAUCACCGCCGUCGCCGUCCAGCUCGGCGACCAGCCGACGCUCGCUGUCGCCGCAGAAGGCGGCGUUGUCGCCCUCCACUCUCUUAACCUCACUCUGCUCGACUCGCCGCCGAUCGUAACAUGUGCUCAGCUCGUCGAGCCGACACCGACUGCCGUCCCAGUCGUCAACGCGCUCAGCCUCUCCCUCCUGAUCGAGUUUGCCAUGGACUACGGCGCCGUUGCGUCGAUGGCCUGGUCGCCGCCGUCGGUCGCCGGUCCCGCCCCACUCCUCGCCCUUGCCACCCACAUGGACGAAGCCCGCAUCUACUCGCCGCUGACGACGCCGGGUGAUCCGGGCCUGGUCGCUGUCUUUGACGCGCACACCUCGGUCGUUUCUGAAGUCUGCUGGCUCAUUCGCGGUUCCACCCCGUUCCUCCUCACAGGCGGCUGGGACGGCAACGUCAUGUUCUGGGACGUCUCCAACCUCUCGCUCUCCGGCCAAAAGCCCAAGCUCUCGCUGCACGUCUCGGAUGCUCCCGUUUGGUACGUCCAUCCCAUGAGCAACUUUAUCAUCGUCGUCACCAAAGAGGCCGGCACUGUCGCCGCCAAAAUGUGCCGCUUGCCCGACCUGGUACUCGUGUAA